UAAGUAACAGGCUCGUUUAAACUAUUAAGUAGAUAAUAAAGUGUUCAAAAGUUCUAAAACAACCUAGAAUAGAGAUAUAAUGGAUUAAUCCAAAGCCUCAAAACUAUUAUCUAUAUAUACACUCAACUCUAAUCCAUCACUCCACUAUAUGUUUAACCUUUUUAACAAAAAUUCGCGUUCCUUGAACUUUUGGCGAUGCUGCAAAAUUUGUAAUUGACAAUGGCAUUGACCAAAAAGUUUGUAAUGAAGAAACAGUGUGAUAAGGCAAGACCCCAAGAUGCUGAGGUAAUCAUUGCAAACAUUUGAUAAGAGCACGAAAAAAAAAGUAAAGGGGUGACAAAGGGGAAAAAUUUAUGGCAAUCAUAUCUCACACGGCAAGAUAAGACCCGGCAAAUGAAAGUGCGUGUAUCACACUGAAAGUCUCAUACACAGAGAUUUUGGGCUGAAAUUUUCGGGUGAGACAGCAUGUGUGUGUGGGAAAGAGAUGGGAAAGCGAUAGGAAAAAAGACUUUAUGGGCUAAGGCUUUGCUCAUAAGUAGUUCAAGUUCAUAUUUCGUUGCGAAUAGACGCGAUUUUGGGCUUCGGUAUUGGCCCCCAUUGAUUAGUUUUUUCGUCGACCUGUGUGAGGUGUGUGAGGAAUUCCCCCUGAUAGUGGGAGGCAAAAGUAUUUCCGUGUCGCCGUAUUUUCUCUUCCACGCUGAUUCAUAAAAUUCCACUAUAUUGAGCGGACACAGCAUUAAGAGAGCAUAAUGAGUUUGGAAUUUUCUGCUGGAUUUAACUUUGAGACUAUUGGCUGCAUAUAAUCGGAAAAUCUCCCAAAAAGGCUGUAAAGUGCCCAAAAAAAAAGACUUAAAGUGAUAUAAAGGAAGAGACACAGACACAAUGAUAAGAUCAACGACUCAUCUGGUUAACAAGCUCAAGGGAAGGGAGAAGAACCCCGUGGAGACAGCCUCAAUAUUUUCCCUUCUAACAUUCUGGUGGUUGAGGAAUCUCUUUAAAUUGGGCCUAAAGCGUCCCAUUGAGGAGGAGGAUAUUUAUGCUACCCUCAAGCACCACAAAAGCUCACUCCUUGAGGGACAAUUUACACGUCUGUGGACGGAUGAGUUGAAGAAGAAGCACCCACGGUUCCUUAAUGUAAUUCUCAAGAGCUUUGGGCCAAAGAUAUUUGGCUUUGGGAUUAUUUACACAUCCCUAGAUACGUUAAUGCGAGUUUUCCAACCUCUGUGUCUUGGAGGUCUUGUGAUGUACUUCGCUCCUGGACAGAAGGAAAUCACGCGCAAUGAUGCAUUCCACUACGCAGCAGGCAUCAUAAUAUGCUCCCUUGUGCCUGUCCUGACCUUCCACCCCUUCAUCCUGUACAUUUUCCAGAUAGGAAUGAAAAUUCGACUAGCUUGCUGUGCACUGAUCUACAAGAAAUCCCUCCAGCUCACGAAAUCCGUAAUGGAGGAUGGCCUAAGUGGGCAUGUGAUUAACCUCAUGUCCAAUGAUGUUGGGAAAUUCGAUACAGGCGUCAGUUUAAUCCACGAUCUGUGGAAGGGACCCGUUGAGCUGAUUGUUCUCGGGACAUUUAUCUACAGGGAAAUCGGUAUGGCUGGACUAAUUGGUAUUGCAGUAAUGCUAAGCUUUGUUCCCCUGCAAAUCUGGAUUGGUCGCCGAGCAGCCACCUACCGUCUCCGCACUGCCAAGAGGACGGACAAGAGAGUUCGUUUUAUGAAUGAAAUCAUCCAAGGUGUUCAGGUCAUUAAGAUGUAUGCGUGGGAGAAAUCCUUUGCAAAGGUCGUCGAUGCAAUUCGCAGGAAGGAAAUUCGUGCCAUACGCGGAACACUCUACAUCCGUGGAACUUGCAUUUCAUUCAAUCUCAUCUCACGCCUCUGCAUCUUCCUGAGUCUCAUCUCAUACGUCUACUUUGGGAAUAUCUUCACUGCCAGGAAGGUCUUUACGGUGACCUCCUACUUUAACUUCCUCUACAGCUCAAUGCUGCACUUCUGGUCAAUUUCCCUGACACAGGUUGCGGAGUGCCUGAUCUCCGUUGUGCGCAUUCAGGAAUUUCUCCAGAGUCCAGAAUCAAAGACAGAUCUCUUUGUGCGUGAUUACGAGCAUGAGGAGCAGGAAUUACUGGAGAAGAAGGUGAAUGGAACGAAUGGGGCAACAAAUGAUCAUGUUGGUCGAAAGUUGGCCAAUGGGGAGUUUGAGAUUGCAGAAGUGCUCCAGAAGAGGAGGAUUCACAGCAAGACUGGCCUCAAGAAAGGAAUUGUGUUCAAGCAGGCAUCUGCUUCAUGGUGCUUCGAUGGGAAAACUAAGACAACAGGAAUCUCUGGGAUUGAUCUCACCGUGGAGCCAAAUAGUUUGUGUGCUGUCGUCGGACCCGUUGGGGCGGGUAAAUCCACCCUGUUGCAGGUGAUUUUAGGUGAGCUGGAACUCGACGAUGGACUCAUGACGGUCACGGGGAAAGUCAGCUAUGCGUCGCAAGAACCAUGGCUUUUUGAAGGGAGUGUCCGACGGAAUAUUCUCUUUGUGGAGGAGUACGAUGAAAGUAGAUACAAAGAGGUCAUCCGGGUGUGUGCACUCGAGCGUGAUUUAACCAUGCUCCCCUAUGGCGAUGCAACGAUUGUGGGCGAAAGGGGUAUCAGUCUAAGUGGGGGCCAACGUGCAAGAGUUAGUUUGGCUCGUGCCAUCUACAAAAAGGCAGAUAUCUACCUCCUGGAUGACCCCCUAUCUGCUGUAGAUACUCACGUGGGAAAACACAUUUUCGACAAAUGCAUAAAGGAAUUUCUCAAGGAUAAAGUUUGCGUGCUGGUGACGCAUCAACUGCAGUAUUUGAAGGACGUAAACCACGCUAUUCUGAUGAAUGUGGGCCACAUUGAGACGAGCGGCACAUUUAAGGAGCUCAAGACGAGUAAAAGCUACAGUUUACUUGCGAAUGCCAUUGGGGAUGGUGCUAAAGAAGCCAAAGGAAAAGCCGAUGGAAAUGAAGAUGAGCAGAAGAAAAGCAAGACAGGCAACAAUUUGGCAAAUCAACCCACGACAUCGAAAGAAUCUCAAGUAGUGGGAGCUGUGGGCUUUCAAACGUAUAAAUCCUACUUCAAGUCUGUGGAGAGCUGCUGGACCGUCUCGGUGGUGUGCUUCCUCUUUCUCGCUGCUCAAGUUUCCAUGAGUGGUGUGGAUUACUUUGUGUCUAAAUGGGUAAAUUGGGAGGAAUCAAUAUCGUAUGAGAAUCAGCAGAGGAAUGCAACGACCGAGGGAACAGCAGAGGGAAGCUCAAGUCACGAUGAUGAAGAAGCUGCACGAAGGCGAUUUAUCUACACCUACGCCAUUGCCAUACUCUCCCUCUUGGGUCUCACCCUCAGUCGUUCCUAUUCCUUCUUCCACAUGUGCCUGAGAGCUUCUAUUAAGCUCCACGAUAAGCUCUUCCGUGGCCUCACCCGUGCCAGGAUGCUCUUUUUCAACACAAACCCCUCGGGACGAAUCCUCAAUCGUUUCUCCAAGGAUAUCGGUUGCGUGGAUGCCCAAUUACCUGUUGCCAUGAUGGAUUGUAUUCUGUUCUUCCUGGAGUUAAUUGCCAUCAUCACACUGGUGGCGAUUGUAAACUACUGGCUCCUACUGCCGACCUUUGUCAUGUCCCUGCUGUUCUACCUCCUGCGGCAUAUUUAUGUGAACACCGCGAGGAGCAUUAAACGCGUUGAAGCCCUCACUCGCAGUCCCGUGUUCUCCCACACAAAUGCCACCCUGCAGGGUCUAGCGACUAUUCGUGCCUUCAAUGCCCAGCAAAUUCUUACGAAUGAAUUUGACUCGCAUCAGGAUCUCAAUACAUCAGCAUGGUAUCUCUAUUUGGCAACGACCCGGGCUUUCGCCCUCUGGCUGGAGCUCGUGUGUGUGCUCUACAUCACUUCCGUUACAAUGAGCUUCCUCGUUCUCGGCAAUGACGCUUUGGGAGGCAAUGUGGGAUUGGCAAUCACACAAGUAUUCAAUCUUAUCUUUAUGUGCCAGUGGGGGAUGCGUCAGACGGCAGAAUUGGAAAAUCAAAUGACAUCCGUGGAGCGGGUGAUUGAAUACGCUGAGCAACCGAGUGAGCCGGCAACGGAAACGGAGCCCAAGUAUCGACCACCGGUCGAUUGGCCACACUCAGGUGGGCUCACAUUCACCAAUUUCACCCUUCGCUAUGCGCCCGAUGGCAAGGAUGUGCUGAAGGAUAUCAACAUUACAAUUAAGCCACGGGAGAAAAUCGGCAUAGUCGGACGCACAGGAGCAGGAAAAUCUUCGAUAAUUCAGGCCUUGUUCCGCUUAGCUUUCAAUGAUGGAAUAAUUGAGAUCGAUGGGAUUAAUACGGAAACCCUUGGCCUGCAUGAUCUUCGCAGCAAGAUCUCAAUUAUCCCCCAAGAUCCGAUCCUCUUCACGGGAACUCUACGACACAAUCUUGAUCCCUUCGAGGAGAAGACAGACGAUGAUAUUUGGAGUGCCCUGGCUCAGGUUGAGCUCAAAGAACCCGUAUCCCACCUACCCCGUGGAUUGGAUAGCAAAAUGUCCGAUGGAGGAUCAAACUUCAGCAUGGGACAACGGCAGCUGGUGUGCCUAGCACGUGCUAUCCUUCGCAACAACCGCAUCCUAGUUCUCGACGAAGCAACCGCGAAUGUUGAUCCAGAAACUGAUCGCCUAAUUCAGACAACAAUUCGCAAUAAAUUUGCACAGUGCACAGUAUUAACGAUUGCCCAUCGACUGCAUACGGUGAUGGAUAGCGACCGAGUACUUGUGGUGGAUGCAGGUCGUGUGGUGGAAUUUGGGCAUCCCUAUGACCUCAUUCAAAAAUCCCAGGGUGGCUUCUUCCGAGCACUCGUGGAUGAAACGGGACCCAUAACUUCCGUGCAAUUAAUCGAAUUGGCAAAGAGGAAUUUCGACAGAGCCAACCAAGCCACAUCGUGACUCCCGGAAGCUCAACCUACCCGCAACGUUUGAGAUUAUUUUUUCCCUCGAAAAAGUCCUCAUUUUUUAUAUUAAAAUUGUAACACUCAAUCAACUUUUGUAUGACAUGAACUAUAAAUGGAAUUUUCUGUGUGA